UGCAUUCGUGUGCUACGCUCCGAACCAGCCCAAGCCCGUGCCAAUGCAGCACUCCGAGCAUGAGCUAGCGAACGGGCUUGUAUCUCAGACAUCACCACCUCAAUUUGCCUUUGCUCGAAUGUUGGAGCUCUGAAAGAAAAAGCGAAAGAAUGAAAGGUAGGGGCUCGUACUUUCCAUCGUAAUGGCGGAAGAGGAAGAAGUGAACCCGAGAGUAGUCAUCUCGCCAUUGAAUCUCAUCUUCAUCGAUGCACACCCAAGCAUUCUUCGCGCCGUGAACUGUGAAGGCAGAUUGUUCCGGCUCCAUCGACGUGUUCCGGGACUUUCCGAGAGCUUCUGGGAACUGGGAACCGAGAACUCCGUCUCCGUCUUCAUUGUGUGGAUUAGAAGCCUGUGGAGGGUUUUCGGAACUCUUAGUUCGUACCCAUGUUGCUCUCUGCCUGUUGCAACUGCACCAUGACUCUCCUUCAGCCAGUUGUAGGAGCGCUAUACAGGCCACGAAUUAGUGGGUUGGGUUCUGAGGGUUUCAAUGUGAGACGAUGCUGGGAUAAGAAGUUGCUACAUUGUCAAUCCAAUUUCAUCGCUGUUGCUGCAAGGAGUGUUGCGGUUGCUGAAUUGGGAAAAUCGGAAUUGGGUUACGACAUCUCAUCUAAGCGUGGCGUAAAUCCUGGUGCUAGUUUCACUGUCCCGUUGUUGGCAGCAAUUCUCAUCUCCUGCCCACCAGCAUUGAGUGCUGAAAUGGCCAUGGACUCGGCUAAUACACAGUGUUCACUGAAGAGAGUGCAGGCUAAUGGAUACGAUUAUGCUUAUCCUGAAUGCUGGGUUCGUGAUAAAAUUCGCGGAAUCGAGGUUUUGGCUCAUGAUCCAGAGGUUUCGGAAUUGAAUAUGAGCAUCUUCACUAGUCCUGUUCAAUCCGGAACUUUGUCAGGCUCAGCGGAAGAGGUUGGAGGAGCAAUUAUCGCUCAAUACCUGAAAUCCCCUACCAUAAGCAAGGCAGAGCUGCUAGGAGUUGUUCUGAAGGAAGAUGAGUCUAGCAACAGAAUCUAUUCAUUUGAACUAUCUGUUGAAGCGGGUUCAAAACAGCGGCACCUGCUGACAAAGCUGAUUCGAACAGACCGAAAGGUGCUUUCUUUGACUCUACAAGUUCCAGAGGAGUUGUGGUCGAGCUAUGCAAGUUGCAUGAAGUCUGUUACAGACAAUUUCAAGCAGACAACGCUUAUGUAACUGAUCACGAGGAUGACUGCGGGUUGAGGAUUGCGAUGGACCAUAUCCAUGUUUCUGCAACCGUUGGUGGUCCCUCAUUGUAGCGAACCCAGAGAAUUCUUGUGAUACGACGCGCAAUUGAACUAUAUGGAGUUUUCUUCUCACUAAAAUAUUUGCAGUUCAUUUUAUAAUUUUUUGUUUUUUUUUUUUAAUUUUUUUUUCAGAAAUCCCGAUUCUUUACAAGUUAUUUCAAAAUAAGGAGUGUUAUGUGCAACUGAAAGUAAAGUAUUAUGGUGUUAUGCAA